CACGCCAGGGGAGCGCGUCGGAGCUGGAGGAUCAGCCGGGAGUGAAAAUGUGAAGGUGGAAUCCAAGGGAGCAGCGUCGCUUUAUUGUCACUGUGAGAAGAAAGCCGACGUUCACACAGCAGGCGCCGGGGCUUUGUUUGGAUGUUACGGCUAAUUACGGGAAUAACCCUCGUGUAUAUUUCUCUUUUCUUUUUCUCUCUUUUUUUAAUCCCUCUUUCUUUCAGCGUCCACCUUCUCAUUGACUGGAAGCGGUGCUGUUGACAGUGAGGAGCAUCAUUUUUAUCUUUACUGGAUAUUCAUUUUAAUUACACACUGGCAAAUCAGUAAACUACCCGUUUGUAGAUUUCCUCGUGCUUUAUGGGAUUAUUUCUUGACGGCGCAGCUUUGUUUUGGAUAAGAACACAUUGGCUGUCAUGAGUUCCAGUGCUUUUCACCAAGGCUCUAAGCGUAUUGAGCAGAGCUCUGGACCUAUUCGGUGCCACCGAUGUCGGGAAAUAUGCAAAGGAGAGGUGGUUCGAGUCCAAGAUACUCACUUUCACGUCAAAUGUUUCACCUGCACCGUGUGUAACUGUGAUCUGGCACACUCUGGCUUCUUCCAGAAGAAGGGUGAGUACAUCUGUACCUCAGAUUACCAACGUCUGUAUGGCACACGCUGCGACCGCUGCAACAGCUUCAUCACAGGAGAGGUGGUCUCUGCUCUGGGUCGUACAUACCACCCCAAGUGCUUCGUUUGCAGUGUCUGCAGUAAACCCUUCCCAAUUGGAGACAAGGUGACGUUCAGUGGAAAGGACUGCGUGUGCCAACAGUGCUCCCACAUACUUGUCAAGUCAAACGAACCCAUCAAGAUCCACGGGCCCAGUCACUGUGCUGGAUGUGGAGCUGAGAUCAAACAGGGUCAGUCUCUGUUGGCGUUGGAGAAACAGUGGCACGUCAGCUGCUUCAGAUGUCAAACCUGCAACAUGGUCCUCACCGGAGAAUACAUCAGCAAGGAUGGAGUGCCGUACUGUGAGGCAGAUUACCAUGCCCAGUACGGGGUGAAAUGUGAGACCUGCAACAGAUACAUCAGUGGACGGGUUCUAGAGGCAGGAGGGAAACAUUACCAUCCAUCCUGUGCUCGAUGUGCCCGCUGUAACACCAUGUUCAAAGAGGGAGAGGAAAUGUACCUGACAGGCUGUGAGGUGUGGCACCCUUUAUGCAAGCAGGCUGCGAGGGCAGAGAGGAGACUCAGGCACAGACGCCUGUCAGAAACCUCCAUCUCUCCGCCAGGAUCCUCCAUAGGCUCCCCCAACAGAGUUAUAUGUGCCAGAGUGGAGAAUGAGAUCCUAGAUUAUAAGGACCUAGCUGCUCUGCCAAAGGUCAAGGCCAUAUAUGAGGUCCAACAGCCAGACCUCAUAUCCUCCUCAUACCAGCCGUACCACAGAUACACCUCUGAUGACAGGCUAGACAAUUACUGCUAUGGGGAGUCACUUGGAACUCUUUCGCCAUAUUCUCAGGACUAUGACAACCUGGAUGCAAAGCAGCGCCACUGCUCCAGUCCAGGUUACAUUGACUCUCCGACGUAUAGUCGUCAAGGCAUGUCUCCCAUCAUGCCUCGCUCUCCUCAGCACUUUGGCUUUUCAGGCUCUGAGAGUGGCAGGAGUUCACCUUAUUAUGGCCAAGAGGGGCGGUCAAGCACACCCACCACAAACCAGCCCCCUAAACAUUUUCAUGUACCAGCCACAGGGGACCCCAACAUCUACAGGAAGCCUCCCAUCUAUAAGAGAACGGCCACCAAAAGCAGGACCAGUGAGGACAUCCUUAGAUCCUCCAGACUGUCCACCUAUUCUCCAGAGCCAUACACACAGUCAGAGUGUGAUUACUACCCAUACACCAGCUCCCCCAGGGCCUAUCGGGCACCAAGAAGACGCUUCUCAACGGGAGGAGAUGAAGAAGGCUGGAGUCAGAGUCUUCAAAGAAUUGGGAGUGGCAUUGGGAGGAUGAUCCUAAAGGAGGAGAUGAAAGCCAGAUCUGGUUCCUAUGACAACGACCCCUGGGGCAGUACAAGGAAUUCUCGAAGUGGGAGCAAGGAAACCCUGAACACAACAGGCUACAGCACAACGGUGUACAACAACACCAUCAAUGGCUCUCCUCGAUCUCAGUUCAGCGCUGACAGUGAUUUUGUAUGCAAGUCAGCUUCACUACCAGGAUAUGGACGCAAUGGCAUCCAGAGGCCUCAGAGUGCAGAUUGCUACCCGUACCAGUAUGAAAGCGGCAGUGAGGUCAACUGGGGAAGUAAAGCAGAACUCAAGAUUUACCCCUACGAGUCUCUCAUUGUCACCACAAGGGGACGCAACAGGCUGCCCAAAGAUGUGGACAGAGCCAGGCUGGAACGCCACCUGUCCCCAGAGGAGUUUACCCAAGUUUUCGGGAUGACCGUGGAAGAGUUUGACCGGCUGGCUCUGUGGAAGAGGAAUGAACUAAAGAAACAGGCCCGACUGUUUUAAUAUCAUACAGAUAAAACUGCCAGAAGAGGAGCCAGAAACUGAAUGAAGGGUGAAAAGAAAACAAAGAAGAUUUCCUCACAGUUACACUGCCAUGCCUGAGAACCAGUUCUAGAUCUCCUCACACGACAAACCAAAUUCUGGUCACACCAGAGUGGACUUCUGGGAUGCUGAUGGAGGGCAGCUGAGGCAUUAUGCAGCGUGAUCUGGUGCAUGGUUGCCAGUGCAGCUCUGGCUGUGUGCUGGAGUGGAGUGUAAGCAAUAGAGACUAUCAUACUGUAGUGUUGUGUUUUAUUUAAGACAUGAAUGGCUCCUGUAAGGACCCAAGAGUGUGUCUGUGACCAGAGCUGUAGUACUUCAUCAUGAUGAGGAGAAUUUUGGCUUUGCCUUAUUUGUUAUGCUAUCCUAGUUUUGACUGUGCAGCACCAGCAAUCUUAAAUGAGUAGAAUGUAGAUACAGUAUAUCAUUUAUGACACUUUAUCAGUGUGAAUGAUUUGGUAAGAAGAAUGAAUUUGAGCUAAAAUGCCACCAUUUUCGUUUGGAUGUGUUUUGUUCACCUGUUCCAACUUUUGCUUUUUCCACAUGAAACAGUGUCCUCUCUAGUUUACACAAAUGGAUACUGAAUUAAAAAUAACCCAGGGUGGAUGAAUCUAGGGGAACUGUUUGCUUGACCUGCAUUGAUUUGCAUGAAAAUAAAAACCAAAGUGAGAAGGAAAUUUGCAAUUUAGAAGACCACUUCCAUGUAAUGCUGGUUGAAUUAAUAGUCAAAGAUCACAAGUAGAUAUAACUAACUACAGCUGUACAGUAACCUGAAAGAAUGUGCGAUACAGUAGAUUUAAUAGGUACAGUAAAAGAAUUGUCAACUCCUGUCCUUCUGUUUUCUACUCAGUCCAAUAGAAUCUUGAAUUCAUGUAUGGAUGAGCAUUGAAGUCAUCCAUAUAUUCACCAUUAUUUAUAUUCUUUCAGAAUUAUAAUUUUGUUGAGAAAGAGAUUAUACUCCCUCACAACGAAGAUGUUCAGCAAGGUAUUUAACUCACUGACAAAGAUCCAGGGUUGUUGAAGACAUUCUUCCUUUGAAUACUGUUAUUUUUGAUUUUGUCACUAAAAU